AUGGGCGUUGGCCCCUCUGCCAUCCGCCGCAACCUCCACGAGAAGUCCAACACCGAACUCACUUCCGCCCUCCGCGCGAACUUCUCCUCGAACCAGCAAGCCUCACAAGCUGCCACGAACGGCGAGAACAGUGCCUCCUCCACCUCGUCCUUCCGCGCCUGGACUUCGCAGAACGGCACCGACCUAUACAUUCCAGCCCUCGACUUCUCGCAGUCGGGUCUAACCGAGGAACGCGCCGCAUACGAUAUCACCGUGAAACUAUUCUACCUUCCCCACGUGCCCGUCGCCCAGCGCAUCGCGCACACCCGCGACGCCGUCAACCUCGUGCUCAAAGAGCUGCACGUUCCUUCUAUCGACCUGCUCAUUGUCUCUUUCCCAGGCAUCGCCUUUGACGCCGACGACGAAGAUUCUGAUGCCGAUGAGAGCGGUAGCAUACCUAAUGGCGGUGGCUCCGAGUCGGAGAGCGGCACUGGCGUCGAGGACAUUGACAGCAUGAUCGAGACAUGGCGCGCUGUUGAAGCACUGCAUGAUGAGGGCUUGAUCGGAAAGCUGGGACUGUCCGAGUUCGGUUCGCAGCGGUUGGCCAAGUUUUUAGCCAAGGCGAGACUGAGGCCGAGUGUGGAUCAGAUCAAUGUUCGGGACUGCUGCGUGGUACCAAAGCCGCUCAUACUGUAUGCCAAGCAGGAAGGCAUCGAGUUGCUCACGCACAACGAUUGCACGAACAUCCUGCCGUCCGGUACAGUGAGGGAACUUUUGGGUCCUGGAGAGAAGGGUGCUGGCGUUUUGGUUGGCUCCGAUGGCUCAUCGGAUGGAUUGAAGGGAGAUGUCACACCGCAGUGGGUGGUGAAGUACACGGCGGUGGUCAAGGAUAGAGGUGUUGUGGAGAACAAGGGCUACUUUGCUGCAGCGGAGCUCCACGACUGA